AUGACUCGACAAUCAUUGAAGCCAUAUCUAGCCGAAUUCCUCGGUGUAGCCCUCUUGAUCGUCAUAGGAGAUGGCGUCGUCGCUCAAUGCCUACUAUCCGACUACACAUACGGUACCUGGCUAUCCAUAAAUUUCGCAUGGGCCGCAGCAGUCUGUCUAGCAAACUACUUGUCAGACCCAAGCCCAAGCAUCAACCCAGCCGUAGCGAUCACCCACGCCCUCCUCCGCCCCAGAACCGGCCAAUGGAAGAAACUACCCUACACGCUCGCCGCGCAGUUCUUCGGCGGAUUUGUCGGCGCUGCAGUCGUUUAUAUCAACUACCGCUCUGCUAUUAAAGCCUGGGAUCCAGAUUAUACGAUUCCUGGUGGCUCGAUCCUUAGUCCGAAAGGCCACCAUUCUGCCGGUAUCUUCGCUACGUACCCGUCUGCGUUGUUCGAGUCGAAUUGGGAGGCUGUUUUCUCUGAAACUCUUGGGAGCGCUGUGCUUAUGUUUGGGUGUUUGAGUAUUUUUGAUCCCGGUAAUGCGCAUCGCUUCCCAGCGCCGCAGCUUUCGCUGUUUUUGUUAUUACUUGGCAUUGGGGCUGCGUUGGGAUGGCAGACUGGUUAUGCUAUUAAUCCCGCUAGAGAUUUUGGUCCUAGACUCUUCUCUGCUAUCAUUUAUGGCCGCGAAGUCUUCACGUCCGCUGACUACUACUUCCUCGUUCCACUUUUCGCUCCUAUCUUUGGCUGUCUAGUUGGCGCGGCUACUUACGAUCUUAUGCUCUUUGAUGGAGAUGGAUCGCGUAUUGCUGAUGCGCUGGAUAGAAUGGAGUCUCGUGGAUCUUUGAGAUUGCAGGAUGAUUGA